CUAAUGGGUUCUGUUUGUAAGGGCCUGGGCAGGGCAGGGCAGGGAGCCUUCAACCUAGGCACAGAACCUCUAACUGCCCUCAACACAAAGCUGACACUCAUGCUUGCUAGUAUUUGAUAAUAAUACACACUUGUUGCGAUUUUAUGUUCCCUAAAAGGUGAUUUUCUUCCCCAGACUUCUUGGUGGCAGGGUAGGGAGAAGGGACUAGGAGGGGAAUAUGAGUAGAGACUGUCAGAGAGAAGGGUAAUAGAAAAAGAUGGAAGGAAGAAGUGCUUCCUUCUCCUGUGCUCUGAAGUCACCAGCCAAACAUGAAAUUCUGUCCUACGAGGUAGAGAGUGAAGCAGGGUGUCAAGCCUCUGAGGCCUGCCAGGGUCACUGGGUAUGUCAGUGAAGUGGGUUAGAGUAAUAAGCAGAAAAGAUUAGUGGAGUCUGGCAUGAACUGGACAGUACACGUCUCACCUCAAGGGGAUGGCAUCUGUUCAGCUGCCACCAGUCACUGCCAUGCAGGAAUGUGCAUCCAGUGUGGCUAAAACCUCCAGUUUUUCAGAAUAAAUGGAUGUGUAUAAAUUUCCAGAUUUUUAUCUGGAAUGUCACCAUUUUAAAAUACUGAAUAUUUUUAAAAAUGCUCUAUGGGGUAAGCCAAACUUAUCAGUGGCUGAAUUCAGCCAGUGGGCCACCAGUUUACAUCCUUGGAAGUAGGCCUAUUGAGCCCUAUUCUCAUUUCGCCCAGUCUUUUUCCAUAAUCUUAACGUGGUUUAGCUUUUCACACCUGUCAGAUACCCUUCCUGAGACAGAAGAGAUCUUUGCUUAUAGUAGGAAUGCUUUUAGAGAUGUGGAAGUAAUCAGGCUCCUCCCAAGGUUUAACAAGGUAGAAAGAAACUAGGAACUUUAUCUGGCUCUAUCUCUGAAAGUAUAGAAAAGGGCUGAAGGUAGAGUUUGUCUCUAAGACAGAAAAAAAAAAAAAUUUUUUUUUUUUUUAACCAUUAGAAUGCCAGGACAGAAAAUGAUUAAGAGGCAAGGGAAGACAGGAUUGGUUUUUGACAUGAAGAGUAUCCCCAUCAGAAAUCCAAGGACCACUGUGGAAAUUAUCUGUAGCUUUAUUUUUAACUCUAAAGUGGGACCAAUGCAGGAAUUAUUAGCCUGAGCUAAGAGAAACAGCAAGAUGGGUCAGACACACAUGGCAAUACCUGGGUAAUGUAAGGGAAGAUACUGAAUCUGACCCCAUUCUCAUUUAAGAAAGGAAGGAGAAGAAGGGGUCCAUUAACUUACCACACAGAUUUUCUCCCCACCCCAAUCUUUAUCUUUCAGUGGAAACUGAGUUGCUCAAACCUAGUUCAUGCAAUUAUUGACCAAGCAGCCCUUGCCCCAAGUUUUCUGGGACUGUGAAAUAUUUAAGAGAACCUUAGUAGAAGGGAUCCAGGGGUAGGCAGCCCAAAGUGUCAUGGCCCCUCCCACUCCCAAAUUCUUGGAAUCAGAAAAAUCUAGUCUUCCGAAGUAGGUCAGCACGUCAGUGUGCAACUCCUUUAGAAGGGAAGGAGCAGAGGCCUUGUCCUGAUAGAGGACAGAUUCAUCCAGGGCUGUCGGCUGCUGGGGCCCCAGGGGCACAAGAGGGGAGGGAAGGUGGGAAGACUGUACCAGUGUUUUUGCCUAGAAUCUGAAAGGGCUCAAGGCCACAGAGCAGUACUAGCCUGGAACCAGACAGUGCUGGGCCCUCACAGCUGGGAAGGAAGAGGCUGUCAGUCCCCACUUCUGAGAGCAACCUACCUCCUGGAAAAGGAGGGAAAGGAGUGUCUGAGUUUGGUGGGGGAGGGGCUUUCUGCUACUCUGAGAGCCUUGAAGCUGCCCUAUGUCCUGGGCCCCAUGACCUCUGGGGCCUUGGCUUUCCCAGCUGGCAGAGGAUUGGGCCUUCCCUGCUCCCCCCCCCCACCACCACCCUUUUCCCUCCCACCGUGUAGGCCCAUCCAUCUCUCUCUCUCUCUCUUGCACACACUUGCCUCGCUCAGGCAUUUGUUGUGCAGUUCCUCUUUGUCUGCUGGGCACGAGGGCAACGGCAUCUGCCUCCCCCUCCUUGUGCACACCCCUACUCCCACCCCUUCACUGGCUUGGGAGAGGGGUGCUUUAGCCUAGCACACACCCCCUUACACACAUAUACAUUCUCUCCAGCCCCCUCCCCAAGCACAUCCAAGCGCGCUCACUCACGCUCCCGCGCUCACUCACUCACAUUCUCAUUCUCUCUCUCACACACACACACACUCACACUCACACACUCACUCACACACAUACACCCUGGGCUGAGCUCUUCUCGCUGGCUGCAGCCGUGGGCCCCUGCUCACCGUGCCGCUGCCGCUGCCUGCGAAAUGACGGCGGUUCCCCUCACUUCCAGGAAUCCACGCUUCCUGGAAGGUGAGUGGCUGGGCUCACCCCUGCCUGCCACCGAGACGCAGACAUGCACACACCACCCGCACUCCCUCGCCGUUUCCAAGGCGGCGGCCGUGCUCGCACCCCAGGGUCUCACCGGCAAGGGAAGGAUAAUCUGGACAGGGAUCCCUCAGGAGGGUGUGUUCCGGAUUUCUUGCCUCAGGCCCAAGACUCCAACCAUUUUAUAAUGGAAUCUUUAUUUUGUGAAAGUAGCGGGGACUCAUCUCUGGAGAAGGAGUUCCUCGGGGCCCCAGUGGGGCCCUCAGUGAGCACCCCCAACAGCCAACACUCUUCUCCCAGUCGCUCACUCAGUGCCAACUCCAUCAAGGUGGAGAUGUACAGCGAUGAGGAGUCAAGCAGACUGCUGGGGCCAGAUGAGCGGCUCCUGGAGAAGGACGACAGUGUGAUUGUGGAAGACUCAUUGUCUGAGCCCCUGGGCUACUGUGACGGGAGUGGCCCAGAGCCUCAUUCCCCUGGUGGUAUCCGGCUGCCCAAUGGCAAGCUCAAGUGUGAUGUCUGUGGCAUGGUCUGCAUUGGACCCAAUGUGCUCAUGGUGCACAAGCGUAGCCACACUGGUGAGAGGCCCUUCCACUGCAAUCAGUGUGGUGCCUCCUUCACCCAGAAGGGCAACCUGCUGCGCCACAUCAAGCUGCACUCUGGGGAGAAGCCCUUCAAAUGCCCCUUCUGCAACUAUGCCUGCCGCCGACGCGAUGCACUCACUGGCCACCUCCGCACCCACUCAGUCUCCUCCCCAACAGUGGGCAAGCCCUAUAAGUGUAACUACUGUGGCCGGAGCUACAAACAGCAGAGUACCCUGGAGGAGCACAAGGAACGAUGCCACAACUACCUGCAGAGUCUCAGCACUGAAGCCCAAGCUCUGGCUGGCCAACCAGGUGAUGAGAUACGUGACCUGGAGAUGGUGCCAGACUCCAUGCUGCACUCAUCCUCUGAGCGGCCAACUUUCAUUGAUCGUCUGGCCAACAGCCUCACCAAACGCAAGCGUUCUACCCCUCAGAAGUUUGUAGGUGAAAAGCAGAUGCGCUUCAGCCUCUCGGACCUCCCCUAUGAUGUGAACUCGGGUGGCUAUGAGAAGGAUGUGGAGUUGGUGGCACACCAUGGCCUGGAACCUGGCUUUGGAGGUUCUCUGGCCUUUGUGGGGGCAGAGCAUCUGCGUCCCCUUCGCCUUCCACCUACCAGCUGCAUCUCAGAACUCACGCCCGUCAUCAGCUCUGUCUACACCCAGAUGCAGCCCCUCCCCAGUCGGCUGGAGCUCCCAGGGUCCCGAGAAGCAGGUGAGGGACCUGAGGACCUGGCCGAUGGAGGCCCCCUCCUCUACCAUGCUCGAGGUCCCCUGAAUGACCCUGGGGCAUCCCCCAGCAAUGGCUGCCAGGACUCCACAGAUACAGAGAGCAACCACGAAGAUCGGGUUGGCGGGGUGGUAUCCCUCCCUCAGGGUCCCCCACCUCAACCACCUCCCACCAUUGUGGUGGGCCGGCCCAGUCCUGCCUACGCCAAAGAGGAUCCCAAGCCACAGGAGGGGUUACCACGGAGCACCCCAGGCCCCUCCAAGGAAGUGCUUCGGGUGGUAGGCGAGAGCGGUGAGCCCGUGAAGGCCUUCAAGUGUGAGCACUGCCGCAUCCUCUUCCUGGACCACGUCAUGUUCACUAUCCACAUGGGCUGCCAUGGCUUCAGAGACCCUUUCGAGUGCAACAUCUGUGGUUACCACAGCCAGGACCGGUAUGAGUUCUCUUCCCAUAUUGUACGGGGGGAGCAUAAGGUGGGCUAGUGACCUCUACCCCUCCCUUCAGUCCACCACUCUAUUGCCCUAUCUACAGGUGUCUAGCCCUGUACCCACCACACCCAAGGAGUUUUGCUUUUAGCCCCCACCACUGGCUACCUGACUUCACACCUGCCCCUGAUUCCUCUUCACUUCUUUCUCCUCCUCUACCCUGACUUAUUUAAGCAUCGUGAUGAAACAGGUCUUUCCUUUUGUUUCCCCUUUUUCUCUUCUCUUCUCAUCCUAGCAUACUUGCUGAGUUAUUUAUUAAGAUAGUUUUUAUUUUUGCCUUUUUUUUUUCCAACUUGUAUCAGUUACUUGCCACUCUCCCACCCUCCCACUCACAGUCCCUUCCACUUAAGCCUAAAUUUUCUCUUUGAUCCAGCUUCCUGCAACAGCCCCGAGUGUAGGAAGCUCCUCUUAGUAUUAAGAGACCUUGGGCUUCUUGCUUUAAGUCCUCACCCUUUACAUUAUCUGAUUCAUCAGUUUUGAUGUUGAUACCUCCCUCUGGCCCUGUCUUAGCUCUGUGGCAUUAUAUCUCCUCUCUGGGACCCUUCAACCUGGUACUCCAUACCUCUUGUGCCCUCUCACCUUGGCAGCUUGCACUAUUCUCAAACGAAUAAAGAACUUCCUCAUUUGGAAGUAGGAGGGGCUGAAGAAAUUCUCCCCAGGCACCAUGGGACUGAGGGUCCUCUAAUAUUCCCCUAAUAAUACGAAUUCCCAUAGCCCACAUUCAGGAUCUCCCUCUAGGAUGUGAUAUAUCUCUUUUGUGUCCUCGAACAGCCCUCAGUACUGCUCUAGUCUCCUCAACCUGCCAGUCUACUCAGUGGUGGUUUUUCUCUCGUUGGAAUGCCCCCAUUUUAUCUUCUCAGGGGCCAAGGCUAGGUCUGCAGCCUUCUGUCUCUGACACAUUGGGAGCCACAGGUGCCUAACUGGGAGCCAGGGCAUGGGAAGAAGGUGGGCCAAGGUUUUUCUUUCUCCCCCACCUCUCAAACCUCUUCACUCUAGUGACCUUCCUAGUCUCUCAGGGGCUCCUUUAGUGCCCAUCCUAUAGAACUAGCAGGUUGCUGCCUGAUGACAAGGGGGUACCUCAAUCCCUCAGUCAUGCUGCCUUCUCCUCCCCACCCCCCACAGGAUUCACCCUGUCAUUCCCGGGCUCCUGGGCCCUGUUCUUAGGGUCAGUGACAGGGAGAAAAGGGUGUAUCUUUUCCCUCUUCUAAUUUUCAGUGUAACCAAAAAUUAUCCCCAGAUGAGCAAGGGCACAUGCCCCUCACCCCAUCCCACCCAUCCCAGCAAGAAUGGGAUGUGCACAACUGGACCAGGGUCAUCCUUUACUGCCUCCUUCUACAGUUAGCUCCCAGACAUAAGGAAAGAGGGGAUACACUCUUGGCUACUGCAGAGACCCCUGGGUACCCCAGGAUUAGUGAGAAGGGGGCAGGAGGAGAUACAACUCCACUGGAAAUGAAGGUCUCUUUCUGUAAGAGUUCCCUGCCCAAGGCCACAGCCAUCCCACUCUCUGCUUCCUUGAGAUUCAAACCAAAGGCUGUUUUUCUAUGUUUAAAGGAAAAAAAAAAAAAAAAAGUAAAAACCAAACGUAACACCUCACAAGUUUUAACACUUGGUCUUUCUUUGUCUCUCCUAUUCUCUUCUCCUCUUUUCCCUUCCAUCUUUCUUUCCACAUGUCCUUUCCUUAUUGGCGCUUUUGCCUCCUACUUUUCUCACUCCCUAUCAGGGAUAUUUUGGGGGGAUGGUAAAGGGUUGGCUAAAAACAGACCCUGGGAUUGGGGCUCUUAAGGGCUCUGGAAAGAGUCUGCCUUACCCUUUUAUGGGAAGGGAGACCCUAAAAAUUUUUCUCUUCUUCCUUUUUCUCCCCAUUAUGUGGUCUCCCCAGGAAAAACCAGAUUGGCUGGGACAGGCAUUGUGGGGUGAUUGUUCCCCCUUGACAACAUAGCAAUAAACAGAUGCUGCCAAGGGCAAGAGGAUGGGGGAGUUAGCUCAGAGGAGAGUGGUCUCUAGAGGAGGGAAGAAUCUUCUUAACAGCACCCUCAGGGUACUGGCUCCUUGUUUCGGAGUGGCAGCAGAGCUGAGGUUAAUAUCUGGGGUUCUCCUCAACUAUUCUGGCUACUGAGCCCCUUCCUGCUAGGCCUACCCCCUACCACCUCUUCUAUGUCUGCUGUGUAUUUGGUGACACCUCAUAAGGACUAGUAGUCCCUUCUUGGGUAUCAGAGCCUUAGAGUGUUCCUAUCCCCUCCCCCAGUCAACUUUGGCACCUGUAAUGUCUGGAACAUGAAGGACUAUGCCCUGAGGCUAUACUUGGGCCCAGGAGAGCGGAGACUGGAAGGGUAAGACCAGGUGCUAAGGAGGGGAGAAAGGGACACUCUGUCUCUCUCCAGACCAUCACUGCACUUUAACCAGGGUCUUAGGUACAAAAUCCUACUUUCCAGAGCUUUCUAGCUCUGCAACCUCAAACAUCCUCAUGCUCUCUCCCAGCUCUUUUGCAUAAAAACAAAAAACAAACAAAAAAAAAAAACAUUGAAACCCACAAGGAGAAAAGAGGUGUUUUCCUUUUGUAUUGAUAUUCAAAAUCAACACCACAAAAAAAAUUUCUAAAUAGACACUUUUCCAGACCUUUGUUUUUUCGUGUCAGUGUCCAAGCUGCAGAAGGGAUUUUGUAGCACUUCUGGCAGCUUCUUUCCUGUGUACAUUAUAUAUAUAUAUAUAUUUUUAAUCAGAAGUUACGAAGAACAAAAAGAGAAAAAAAUAAACACAGAAGCAAGUGCAAUACCACCUCUCUUCUCCCUCUCUCCCAGGGUUUCCUUUGUAGCCUAAGCUUGGUGUCUCCUUUGAUCCUUACCCCUUCACCUCCUCCCCUCUUCCUCUAGUGUCCCCUCCCUUUUUUUUAAAGAGUUUUUCUCCUUUGACUAGGGGAGUUAAACUAGCUUUUGAAACUUAUUGCAAAGCAUUUUGUAUAUGUAAUAUAUUGUAAGUAAAUAUUUGUGUAAUGGAGAUAUACUACUGUAAGUUUUGUACUGUACUGGCUGAAGGUCUGUUAUAAAUAAACAUGAGUAAUUUAACACCCCUGGUUUUUGCAGUCAUCCUUUACCUUGCUUUUCUGCUGGCAGGUAGGAGGGCCUCCUGCUACUAAACAGUUUAGGAGGUGAACAAGUCUAAGAUUGAAGGGAUGCCAGACAAGAAUGCUCAAGUUGUUGCUACCAAAAAACAGAAGAAUUUUAGCCUAGAAUGGGAAGUAGAAGAUAUUUUCCUACCUUCAGGAUAGAAGAGACAGCCCAGUUUGCCUAUUUGUCCAAAUCAGAGAUUCAUCAAACAUUUGUUGAGGACCUACUAUGUGCAAAACACAUUGUGUACAUUACAGUAACGUGAGUGGUGAUAUAAUAGGUUCUACCACUUCUUGAGCAUCUCAUAAAUGUCAAGCACUAUGCCAACUAUUCAUGUAAUUGUAGAAACAACCUACAAAAGAAUGCUUGUCAUUACUGGUGAAGAAAUAAAAGCCUAAGAGAGAAUAAACAGGUUGUCCAAGGGCCGUCAGCUAAUAAGUGAUAGAACCAGAAUGUGUCUGACUCCAAAGCCUAUGCCCAUCCCUUUAUGCCACAGAAUGCAGCCAGUGAAACCUCCAGGCUAUAAAAAUCCAAAGAAAAGCCAAGGUAAGAACAUCAACUUCGUACUAUCUUAAAUAUUA